CAUGUAAGAUGGCAUGUACAUGGAGAAUGACUGUAAGCGACAGAGAUCCCCGCUGUCAUUUUGCAUGACUUGCUUCCCAUGAUGGCCUUUAUGUGGAAGCAAUAUUCGUGUGCUGCACACGAUGGGCUUAAUCAUGAUCUAUAUUGCAUGCAUGCUGGAAUGUGCCUUAGGUACCCGUAAUCAUUACCCGAACACGCCUUUGCCACCUUGCAAGAUGACUCACAUCCGGUAUUCCGAGCGUUAUCUUCAUGCGUUCUUGAUCCAUUUCCUAACUCUCAUAGCCCCGGCCCUGCAACGUGCACUCGGAACAUAUUCGAAUCGCCCUUUCAGAAUGCACGCUGGCUCUCUCACUCUCUGCAACUACCAUGUCCGUCACUCAAACUCACAGGUUCAGCAAAAGUUCGAGCAGCCCACCUACUUUUCCGCACCCGACGACGAGAUUCUGAGAGAUUGGCUAGAUACCGAUACUAUAGUCAACUCUAUCACUGAUCUUUCUCCAGUUAACACUUUGAGUGAUCUAGCGGACAUAAUACCUGAAGAAGAAGAGGAAUUCGAGGGUAAUUACUCUUCAAUGCCCCACAGCCUUCGAAGAGUUCUGGUGCGUCUUAUCUCCAUGAAAGAUACUGUAACCCAUAACCCACCCUUCUUAUAUAGACCCCACCUUUAGAGUGCGAUGAAUCCUCAGGCAGACGCAGAAGCAUACUAUUCGAGUCCUCCAUGCCUGCAAACCCAGGAAUGCCCUCUUAUUCGCGAUACCGCUCGGAGUACAUCCGGCCUCCAAUGCAUCGUGCACGCCAGAGCGUUUCAUCCAUCGCCUCUUCUUCGACAGUGUACACAAAAUCAGCUCCCGCUCCUGUAAAAUCUAUCCUCACUCGACAUGACUCAGGAAUCUCCCUUGCGACGACAACAAAGACAUCUCGCAGGAA